UCCUAUUACGAGAAUCACGAAGUCCACUUGUCCUCCUAGAGUGGGCAGCGGACGCAGCUUUAGCCAACCUCCACUGUACUCUUUCAAUGCCCUAGCUCGCUCCGUCUCCUUCUCUUCAGAUCAUCCCAAGACGAAGAACUCUUCCUGUCUAUGAUUCCAAUCCGUUGAUUUUCUAUAGAAGCAGUAACUGUUAGGGCUAGAUGGAUACACCCCCACCACAGGCUCCUGUGGGGUACUCCAGCUCUUCAUCACCCCCAACCAUGACAGGUUCUCUGCCUGAGAACAGAAUAAACAGGCCUCCAUUUUCUUCUCCGCUAGCUUCAAGACUUUCACCUCAGAGGUCUCUGCAGGACCAACCUCAGAGGUCUCUGCAGGACCAGCUUCUCUUGUCUUCUUCCAGAUCUAUAAGCUCCCCAGACACUGGUACUGGUGUUUCUAGCAGUAGUCCACUGACCCAAUUUAGCAGUCCUCCAGGCCCUCCUAUUUUCUCUUCACCAUUGCGGCCAGCAGCUGUUCCCUUCCAGACUUCACCUGCUAGUCCACAACCAAUUGCCUUCUCAUCUGGUUCAUCUCUACCAAUGUCCUCACCGCCAAAUUUUACAAAUGGAACUGCUCAAUUUCUGGUGCAGCAUCCAUCUACUGUAGAAGAGACUAUUGAAUCACCUUAUGUACAAUUCUCCGCUCACAAGAUUUUGAAGCGUAAAAAGCAGGCAAAUAUAUCAAGCUUGGGAUUUGGUGCUUUAGUGUCUCCUGGGAGGGAGAUAACCCCUGGCCCUCAAGUUGUUCAACGCGACGCUCACCGUUGCCAGAAUUGCGGCGCUUAUCCAAACCUUUAUUCAGAAGUUUUAAUCGGUUCUGGUAAGUGGAAAUGUGUAAUCUGUAAGAAAUUAAACGGCAGUGAUAGCGAAUACAUUGCUGCUAACAAGGAAGACCUCCAUCAUUGGCCGGAACUAUCUUCUUCUACAAUCGAUUAUGUUCAGUCAGGAAAUCGAAGGCCUGGAUACGUUCCAGUUUCAGACUCGAGAAUGUCUGCUCCUGUAUUUCUCGUCAUCGACGAGUGCUUGGACGAAGCUCAUCUCCAACAUUUGCAGGGUUCUUUGCAUGCAUUUGUCGAUUCACUUCCACAGAAUAUGAGAAUCGGCAUAAUCACAUAUGGUCGAACAAUUUCAAUUUAUGAUUUUUCUGAGGGUUCAGUGGCCUCAGCCGAUGUGCUACCGGGUGGUAACUCGCCCUCUGAGGAAUCAUUGAAAGUUUUGAUUUAUGGGAGUGGCAUAUACUUAUCUCCGAUGCACGCUUCGCUUUCUGUAGCGCACACCAUCUUUUCGUCUCUAAGACCCUACAAACUUAACUUUCCCGAAGCAGCCCGGGACCGAUGUCUCGGUGCGGCUGUUGAGGCAGCCAUGGCUAUCAUUCAAGGUCCCUCUGCGGAGUUAUCUCAUGGUAUUAUUAAAAGACCCGGAGGUAAUUGUAGAAUUUUGGUUUGUGCAGGGGGUCCAAAUACAUAUGGACCUGGAUCAGUUCCUUCCUCAUUGAGCCACCCGAACUAUCCAUUCAUGGAAAAAACAGCCAUGAAAUGGAUGGAAAAUCUUGGUCAUCGGGCACAUCGUAACAACAUCAUCGUCGAUAUACUAUGUGCUGGAACUUGUCCAGUAAGAGUUCCGGUUUUGCAGCCGUUGGCGAAGAGCUCCGGUGGCGUGCUUUUGCUUCACGAUGAUUUCGGGGAGGCUUUUGGUGUCAAUUUGCAGAGAGCUUCAAUGCGCGCCGCCGGUUCCCAUGGAUUGUUGGAGAUUCGUUGCUCGGAUGAUAUUCUCGUUACCCAAGUGAUUGGACCAGGGGAGGAGGCCGUCGUAGAUGCUCACGAAGUUUUCAAAAAUGAUUCAUCUUUUUGUAUACAGAUGCACAGCGUGGAAGAAACACAAAGCUUUUCAUUAUCCAUGGAAACUAAAGGCGAUAUUAAGAGCGAUUAUGUUUAUUUUCAGUUCGUCGUUCGUUAUUGGAAUGUGUAUCAAGCUGACAUUUGCAGGGUGAUCACGACAAGAUUGCCAACGGUGGACAGCGAGUCCCAAUAUCUUGGAAGCAUUAAGGAAGAUGUGGUUGCGGUGCUUAUUGCUAAGAGGACUCUCCUUCAUGCCAAAACCGGCGCUAAUGCAAUCGAUAUGAGGAUAACAAUCGAUGAGAGAGUUAAGGAUAUUGCUUCAAGAUUUGGUUUAAUGCUACCAAAAUCGAAGCUUUUUCGCUUCCCGAAGGAGCUAUCUUCAUUACCCGAGAUUUUGUUUCAUCUCAGAAGAGGGCCGCUGCUUGGCAGCAUUGUUGGUCAUGAAGAUGAAAGAUCGGUUUUGAGAAAUUUGUUCUUGAAUUCGUCAUAUGAAUUGUCACUUCGUAUGUUGUCACCUCGUUGCUUGAUGCAUCGUGAAGGGGGCACUUUCGAAGAGGUUCCAUCUUAUGAUCUUUCGAUGCAGUCAAAUGCUGCUGUUGUGCUCGAUCACGGAACGGAUAUUUUCAUAUGGCUGGCGGACGAAGGGAAAAGUGCAGCGGCCUUAGCAGCUUGUCGAACUUUGGCUGAAGAGCUAAGCGAACAACGUUUCCCGGCUCCUAGAAUUCUUUCUUUCAAAGAGGGAAGCUCACAAGCUCGAUACUUCGUAUCUCGUCUAAUUCCGGCUCAUAAAGAUCCUCCCUAUGAGCAGGAGGCGAGAUUCGCUCAACUCCGCUCAUUAUCCACCGCUCAAAGAGCGAGAUUGAAGGCGAGUUUCUUCCACACCGACGAUCCGAGCUUCUGCGAGUGGAUGCGGAGCUUCAAACUGGCCGCUCCCGAACCGAGCUAA